ACGAAACAGAGUUUGAUCACAAUCAUUCACUUAUAAUCAAACUUGUAAACGAAUCAAGAUCAAUGGCCGAAGAUCAAACAGCUACGACAAUGAAAACAUCGGCGGUGGAGAAGCAGCCAGAGACGAUGCCAGAGGCUGAAGGUGCACCGAGUGUGGCUAGGACGAAGAGGAUGAUGGUUGCCAUCGAUGAGAGCGACUCGAGCUUCUACGCUCUCCAAUGGGUCAUUGACCAUUUCUCUAACCUCUUAAUGACAACUGGCACUGAGGCGGCUGAGUCGGAGGGUGGAAUGCUCACGGUGGUUCAUGUGCAGUCCCCUUUCCAUCACUUUGCUGCCUUUCCGGCUGGACCGGGCGGCGCCACAGCAGCAGUGUACGCAUCUUCGACGAUGAUUGAGUCAGUGAAAAAAGCACAACAAGAGACCUCUGCUGCUCUUCUCUCUCGUGCUCUCCAAAUUUGCCGAGCCAAACAGAUACGUACCGAAACCCUAGUGCUUGAAGGCGAAGCCAAGGAGAUGAUUUGCGAGGCAGUGGAGAAGAUGCACGUUGAUCUUCUUAUUGUGGGUAGUCGUGGCCUUGGCAAGAUCAAAAGAGCGUUUAUUGGGAGCGUUAGCGAUUACUGCGCUCAUCACGCCAACUGUCCCAUCCUUAUUGUCAAGCCACCCAAGGAGCUCCUCACUAAGUAACGUGGAUCUACUUAUAUGUUUGGGUUAUUAUUAUAAGUUCCUUUUGAUAUAUAAUGAGUGUGUAGUAAUUACGAAAAGAAAAAAAGAAAAAGAAAAAAAAAAAAGAGUGUAUGUACGUAAGUGUUGUGUUUGAUUUGGAUAAUUAGUGACAUAUUAAGAAAUGAAAGUGUACUCUGAAAAGUAAUAUCAAUGAAAAUAUGGGUCAAAUAUAAAAGAAAAAAUAUUUGUCAGCUA